AUGUCACAGCAAUUACCGUUGCCAGGCAGCUCCUACCCACCAUCAACUUCAACCACGGGCUCAGGCCACCAAACAUCUGGUCCUCCGAUGUACGGCUACUACAGCCAUCAACAACUGCCACCACCUCACUCCCGUUCUUCUCAGCAUAGUACUAAUGAGAUGCAACAUCAGAGGCCCAGUACCCAGGCCCAAGGGCAACUACCUCAACAUUCUCACUCCAACACACAGGCUCAUCAGCAAGCCCAGUCUCACGCCUCUCUGUCUCAGCACCAUCUUCCGCCUCCACAGAUGCAACCUCCUCCUGCACACUCCAGGCAAGAAGACACGCAGCCGGGCCCUGUUGGGACUGUAACAUCUGUAUCCGCGGGGAAACCUCCUGGGAACUCUCAGCAGAUAUUGGCCCCGUUUUCGAAGAUUGAUGAGGCUACCGGACGCAAGUAUCAACUGGAUGUCGUCCAGCAACCCCGAAGAGCCCGAAUGUGCGGGUUUGGUGAUAAGGAUCGACGGCCCAUCACUCCGCCCCCGUGUGUUCGUCUAAUAAUUACAGAUAUUGCCACCGGAAAAGAAAUCGACUGCAAUGACAUUGACCACUCAAUGUUUGUCCUCAAUGUCGAUCUUUGGAGUGAUGACGGCACAAAAGAAGUCAAUCUUGUGCGGUCCUCUACAGGCAGCCCAUCGAUCUCAUCGACAACUCCGUAUUCGUACACGACCCUGAACGGAGGCGAUGCGGGGAUGGCACAAUACACCCAGCACGUCCUUCCAUCUAAUCGGGACCAAGCGUACACUUCACCUCAAACCGUAGGCUAUGUCCAGGACUAUCAAAUGCAAGGCAAUUACGGUCAAGUGCCAUCCUAUACACAAAAUUCCUCCUAUGGUCCACCCCAACAAUACUUCCCCCAUCAUCACUCAUACCGCCCAGAAGGGGCUGUCGCCCCUUUGCCGUCACAGACGACUGUUUCUCCCUACAGCAGAAAUGGAUCCACCAGCUCUCCAGGCUAUGUCCAAGAUCACAAUACUUUGGCGAGGAUGGCCAUGGUCGGCGGGCAACCACAGGGUAUGUUCACACGAAAUUUGAUUGGCAGCUUGGCAGCUAGCGCGUUUCGCCUCAGUGAUACGACGGACCGCAUUGGAAUAUGGUUUGUUCUGCAAGACCUCAGUGUUCGAACGGAGGGUCCUUUUCGCUUGCGGUUCUCUUUCGUCAAUGUUGGGCCGCCAGAUGGCACACCUCGUGAUACGGGGACACCAAAGGUGAACAAGAGCAGGGCUCCAAUUUUGGCCUGCUGCUUCAGUGACACCUUCAAUGUCUAUUCGGCCAAGAAGUUCCCGGGUGUAUGUGAAAGCACUCCGCUGAGCAAGACGUUUGCAACCCAAGGAAUCAAAAUACCAAUCCGAAAAGACUCAAAUGUUAAGGGAGGUGAUGACGAUGAUUACGGUGACUAG